AGAGAGGACGUAAGAGAAAUAAAAAAAAAGAAUAAAUAAAAAGAAAAAGAAUAAUGAGCAAUCAGGUACAAAUUUCACUCAAUAAAAUACAAUACCGACAAACCUUGAUUAAUCAAACGUUCAAAUAAAGAAGAAAAGCAAAAGAAGAGAGAGAAAUAUUAUUAUAGUAUUUGAGAGAGAAUAAGGAAGGAAGGGAAAUGAAAGAAGACAGAAGAGGUGAUAGAAUAGUAAGGGAGGGAAAAGAAAAGAAAGAAAAUAAGAAAAGGGGAAAGAAGAGUGUUGUUGUUGAGACAGAGAGUGCAGAAUUGACGGAAAUGCGUGCUGAUUCCGGUAGAAAGGGAACCUUCUCCGUACUUCUUCGGAUCCUCAUUUUGCCUCUUAUUUAUUCUUCUUCUUCAUUGCUUUAAUCAUUUUUAUUCUUCUCUUUAAAUCACUAAAAGGCCUUUUUUUUUUUUGUUCUCUUGCUUGCCUUAUUUAAUACGUAAUAUUUCUUAUUGUUUCUUCUUCUUCCUAUUCUUGUGGGUUUUUCUAGUGCUUGAAUUUUCGUUCUCUCUAGAUUUGGUUUGAAAAACUAAAAAGUAACACCCACUAUAAGUCACAGGGAUUUUGAUGCUUGAAUCAAUCUAUGGAUGCAUUCUUGAUAAAUCUGUGAUUGGUUAAGCUCUGAAUUUCUGGGAUAUUUCUGGGUUUUUUUUUUUCCUUUUUUGGGUCAAAUUUAUGUUGGAUUUUUAAAAUUUAGGGUUUAUAUUAUUGUCGUUGAAUUCGUGAUUGGGGAAUUUGUUGGCUUCUUAUUUAUAUUGUUGUUGUGAUUUUUGAUGUGUAAAUAAUAAUACUGUUGUUAUGAGAUUUGUGAUUUAGUAAAAAAACAAAUUAGCUUGUGGGCAAGAUUUUGAUUUAGUUUCCUCCUUGGAAAUAUUUUGUGAUUCCUCGGAGGAUUUUAAUUUCAUUUUCCUUUUAUUGACACCUUUGAGAAAAGAAACAAAAAAAAAAGGUCAAAAUCAAUCAAUUGUAAGCUCAUAAAAACACAUACCCUAAAAAAUCAAUUAAAACUCACCAUUUUUAUUGUGGGUUUUUAUUAUAUUUCCAAUAUUUCUAUAUCAAACUCAAGAUUUUUUUUUCUUAAAUACUGAUUUAGAAGAAUAACAACAAGGAGAAAAGAGGGAGAUAGGAAUUACGGUGGGGGUUGUUUGGGAUUCUUAUGGGAAUACCUGAUAGUUCACUAUUAGAGCUAAUAGAAAAAGUUAGGUCUUGGAUUUCAUGGGGAGCAAGUGAUCUUUCCUGUUUCGCUGGAGAAGAAUUUGAGAUGCUUGAAAGCUGUGUUUGCAAAAAAAUGUGUUGUUGUGAAUGUAAUGUGAAGUUUGUUGAUGAAUUCUCUCAUAGAUACCGUUGCCAAAGUUGUAGCCGUUGGCUAUGUUCUAAAUGCGUUGAAGGAUAUGAAUCACCUGUUGUUGUUGAUCUAUCUGAGAAUGUAAAGGAUAAUGAUUUUUCUAAGAUGAUAAGUGUUAAAUCUUGCAAGUUUUGUUGUGAUGGGGCUAACACCAGGCGUGAAAGUGGGGGAAGGAAGUAUUGUGAGAAAGUACAUCCUUCUGAGUCUCCCCGGGAGAGCCCAGAACCAGCAUCCCCUUAUUCUGUGAAUAGUGAAUCUGUCAGGAAUGAUCAUCUUGCCCAAUAUCUUGAAGCCCGUGAUUGCAGGAUUUCUCUACAUGGGGUAACUGGCAAGAGUAUGAGUUCAUUUAGUUCUCAUCUUUCUCCAGUAUCUACUCGGGGAUCUCCCACCAGGAGUGAUGAGGAAGAUGCUGAUGAUUCUGAUAAGCACUUUUUGAGCCUUUUGGCUGGAUAUUGUCAAGAUGUUUCAGAUAUAGAUUCAAGUAGUAUUAGUGUUAGACAUGAUUUCUGCAGUUUUAAGUCUGUGGGAUCAAGUCCUUCGGUCAGCCCCUCUAGGAACAAUUUUACUCCUUAUAGGGUUGGGCGUUCUGUACGGUGGAGGCUAGAAGGGAGCCCAAUGGCUCAGUAUGUUGGUCCCUUUCAUCAAGAAAGCAUGGCUGUUUUGAGAAAGCCAGGGACAGGGAUCGAUGAACCAGAGAAUACUGAUGAUUACUCUGAUGACAUGUCUAUUUUUCAUAAUCAAUAUGCAAAGUCACAAAAGCCGUUGGAUUUUGAAAACAAUGGUCUAAUAUGGUUUCCCCCACCACCUGAGGAUGAGAAUGAUGAGGCAGAGAGUAACUUCUUUACAUAUGAUGAUGAAGAUGAUGAUAUUGGGGAUUCUGGUGCAAUGUUCUCAUCAAGUACUGGCUUUUCAAGUAUGUUCCCAGCAAGGGAGAAACAAAAUGAGGGAAACAAAGAACCUCUCAGAGCUGUAAUACAGGGGCAUUUUAGGGCUCUUGUGUCGCAACUUUUACAGGGUGAGGGUAUCAAAGUUGGUAAAGAGGAUAAUGGUGGGGACUGGCUUGACGUUGUCACAGCAAUAGCAUGGCAAGCUGCAAAUUUCGUUAAACCAGAUACUAGCAGAGGAGGCAGUAUGGAUCCCGUGGAUUAUGUGAAGGUUAAGUGUAUAUCAUCAGGAACUCCCAGUGAGAGCACCCUUGUCAAGGGAGUGGUCUGUACCAAAAAUAUCAAACACAAGCGGAUGAUCUCUCAAUACAAAAAUCCUAGAUUACUUCUUUUAGGAGGAUCCCUUGAAUAUCUGAAAGUUCCAAAUCAGCUGGCAUCUUUUAAUACAUUACUUCAACAGGAAAAUGAUCAUCUCAAGAUGAUCAUUGCAAAGAUUGAGGCUCUUCGCCCCAAUGUUCUACUGGUAGAAAAGAGUGUGUCUUCGUAUGUCCAAGAGUAUCUACUUGCAAAGGAAAUUUCAUUAGUACUCAAUGUGAAAAGGACAUUACUGGAGCGUAUAGCAAGGUGCACUGGUGCUCUUGUUUGUCCUUCAAUUGAUAAUUUAUCUACUACACAAUUGGGGCAUUGUGAACUCUUCCGGUUGGAGAAAGUAUCUGAAGAACAUGAGAUGGCCAAGCAGUUUAACAAAAAACCAUCGAAAACGCUUAUGUUCUUUGAAGGCUGUCCCAGGCGUUUAGGUUGCACGGUCCUGCUGAGGGGAAGAUCUCGUGAAGAACUAAAGAAGGUUAAACAUGUUGUCCAGUAUGCUGUUUUUGCAGCUUAUCACUUGUCUCUUGAGACUUCCUUCCUUGCUGAUGAAGGUGCUACUCUGCCUAAGAUGAAAGUAAAACGUUCUAUUGCUGUACCAGAGAAAAUGCAGGCUGACAAUACCGAUUCAGUUAUACCUAGUUCCUUUUCUCCAUCCAAUUUGAAUGCAAUAGUCAAUGCUUCUACUCAGAAUGAUGCAUCUCUAAGUCUCAAUCCCGAGCAAGGAGGAUUGGAAUUGUUGUCCGAGCAGUAUGGUCAAAUUAAUUUUUUUCCUUCAUCUGGUGGUUCUGUUCUUGAUGCAUUGACUGAUGAUUUGGCACCUAUUGCGGGUUUAGACAUGUGUUCUUUGGAACAAUUCAAGGAUUUGAAGAUGUCCACUAUGUUGCCUUGUGAUAUUAGAGAUUUUCCACGAUCUGAAUUGCAGGAAACCAUGACUGAAGAGGAGAGACAUCAUGGUGAGAUUCAUGAAUUGGCAAAAUCUGAAAAGAUUGAUGAAGAUGAAGCUUCCAGCGAAUACUUUUCAGCCACUGACACUUACCAGAGUAUAUUGGUUUCAUUUUCAAGCCGAUGUGUUCUGAAAGGAACUGUAUGUGAACGUUCACGGCUCCUGCGAAUAAAGUUUUAUGGCUCUUUUGAUAAACCACUGGGAAGAUAUCUUCGUGAUGACCUGUUUGAUCAAGCAACUUGCUGCCGUUCAUGUAAUGAGCCAGCUGAAGCUCAUGUCAUAUGUUAUACCCACCAGCAAGGAAAUCUGACAAUCAAUGUAAGACACCUUUCCUCUCUUAAGCUGCCUGGUGAACGGGAUGGGAAGAUAUGGAUGUGGCAUCGAUGCCUAAGGUGUUCUCAUAUAGAUGGUGUUCCUCCUGCAACUCAUAGAGUAGUUAUGUCUGAUGCUGCCUGGGGACUUUCUUUUGGAAAGUUUUUGGAGCUUAGUUUUUCAAAUCAUGCCACUGCUAAUCGUGUUGCAACCUGUGGUCAUUCAUUGCAGAGGGAUUGCCUUCGAUUCUAUGGAUUUGGCAACAUGGUUGCAUUCUUCCGCUAUUCCCCAAUCGACAUACUGUCGGUACAUUUGCCCCCAUCAAUGCUUGAAUUUAGUGGAGACGUUCAGCAGGAGUGGAUUAGAAAAGAGGCAGCUGAGCUAAUGCUCAAAAUGGAAAUGUUGUAUGGGGAGGUAUCUGAUGUACUUGACAGCAUUGAACAGAAGAGUAAUUCUGCCGGUUGUCAAUCCUCAAAUGCAAGUGAGUUACCAUAUCACAUUAUGGAACUGAGAGAUCAGAUUCGAAAGGAGAGAAAUGAUUAUAAUAGUUUGCUACAGCCAAUUGUUAUGGAGACUUCACAACUGGGUGUAGCAGCUGUGGACAUCCUAGAACUGAAUUGCUUAAGGCGUUCGCUUCUAAUUGGUUUGCAUGUUUGGGAUCAGCAACUUCAUUCAUUGGACUCUCUUUUUAACAAGGGUUCUGCUGUCAAAGCUGACGUGGAUCAUUUGAAGGAUGGGAAACUUGAUGCUCAUGAACAAAAUGCCUGCAGAUCCUCUGAUUCACAGCAGCCUCCUAAGAAUGACUUACAGUUGGAGCAGAAUUCUGGUUUACCAACCUUGGAUUCUGUUGUGCCGGAAGAAUCUGACUUGGCAUUAUACAAUCAAAGGAGAGAGGAGAAUAAGCAGCCAGAUGAAAGCAUCCCUUCUCCUGUAUCUACUCUAUCUGAAAGAAUAGAUUCUGCUUGGACCGGCACUGAUAUACUUGCAUUGAAAGUUCAACCUCCAGAAGCAUUUCAGGGUGAUGGGGCCCAAUCUGGUUUGAUCAGGCCAACAAAUAAAAUCUAUAAUCUUGCUUUGAGAAAGGUAGCAUUCCCAAGGAGGCUUCAUUCUUUUGAUUCUGCAUUGAGAUUCGAAGAAAGAAGUCAGAAAGGAAUGUAUCCCUCUUCAUUGCAUUUGUCUACGGUUAGAUCUUUCCAUGCUUCUGGAGAUUACAGGAGUAUGUUUAGAGAUCCCGUUUCUAAUGUAUCAAGGACUUACUCCCAUAUAUUGCCACUAGAGGAACAAAAGUUGAAUUUAUUACUCAGUUCCACGCCCACUUUAAUCACCUCUGCAUCUCAUGUGGCUGAAGGGGCUCGGCUACUUCUUCCGCAGAGGGGCCAUAGUGAUAUUGUUAUUGCUGUUUAUGACAAUGAUCCUGCAAGUAUAAUAUCAUACGCUCUUAGUUCCAAAGAAUAUGAUGAGUGGGUUACUGAUAAGUCCAAUGAAAUUGGAGGAGGCUGGAGUGUUAGUGAAAGGAGCAAAGAAGAUUCUGCAACUUCCAGCUUUUCACCCUGGCAGCCAUUUGGCUCUCUUGACCUGCUUUAUAGUCAUUAUGGAAGUUUUGGCUCUGAAGAUUCCACAUCAUCUGUGGGUGCCAUGUUUCCUGAUACGAAAAGGUCUCCACAUUUAACAGUUUCUUUUGGAGAUGAUUCUUCUGCUGCUGGUGGCAAAGUGAAGUUUUCUGUUACUUGUUACUUUGCAAAACAAUUUGAUUCUCUUAGAAGAAAAUGUUGCCCUACUGAAGUGGAUUUUUUGCGUUCCUUGAGCCGCUGUCAGAAAUGGAGUGCACAUGGGGGAAAGAGCAAUGUGUAUUUUGGCAAAUCAUUAGAUGAGAGAUUCAUUAUAAAACAAGUAAAAAAGACUGAGUUAGAAUCGUUUCAUGAAUUUGCUCCGGAAUAUUUCAAGUAUUUGAUGGAUUCUCUUAGCUCAGGAAGCCCAACUUGCCUUGCAAAAGUUCUUGGUAUUUAUCAGGUCUCUGUAAAACACCUGAAAGGUGGCAAAGAAACAAAAAUGGAUCUUAUGGUGAUGGAGAACCUAUUUUUUAGAAGAAGUAUCUCAAGGAUUUAUGAUCUUAAGGGCUCUGCAAGAUCACGAUACAAUCCAGAUACAACAGGGGCAAACAAAGUACUGCUAGAUAUGAAUCUUUUAGAAACACUGCGAACCGAGCCUAUUUUUCUUGGAAGCAAGGCAAAGAGAAGUCUCGAGAGAGCUAUGUGGAAUGAUACAUAUUUUCUGGCAUCAGUCGAUGUCAUGGAUUAUUCAUUGCUGGUUGGAGUGGAUGAGGAGCGCAAGGAGCUGGUUUUGGGAAUUAUUGAUUUCAUGAGACAAUAUACCUGGGAUAAGCACUUGGAGACAUGGGUUAAGGCAUCUGGGAUACUCGGUGGGCCAAAGAAUGCAUCUCCAACAAUUAUUUCUCCAAAACAGUACAAGAAAAGAUUCCGGAAGGCUAUAACUACUUAUUUUCUCACAGUACCUGAUCAAUGGACUUCAUGAUCUGUAUCAUCAUUGAUUCAUUGGUUCAUUAAUAAGGCGUAAGAAAUUGUAAUUGCUGACAUAAAUGAAACGGCCAAAAGCUCUCUCUCCCAUGGGUAUUGUUCUCUUUGAUCCUCGUCUUUUUCUUUCCACAAAAUCAUUUCAUGGUGGGUAGAAUUGGCCUACAACUAAAAAAUCUACAACUACAAGUGGAGGGGGGAACAAAGUUUUCUUUUUUGAGGGCUCUUUUUUAUGACCUCUGAAGAAAGGGAAGAGUUAAGGGCUCUUGUGUAAUGUUUAUAUUUUCUCUCUAAUCUUGUGGAUGUGCAAAAGUUUUCCUGAAGAAACAAAGGUUCUUUUUCAACUUUAACACGACUUCAUUAGAGCUUUUAUAUUUUUGACUCUUUAGGAAGCAGCAGGUGAAGGAAACUUGGACCUUAAAGUUGUUCAUCCAUGUGCAUGUAAAGCUCUAAGCAUUGGUUGAGUUUGAGUAGCAAAUUUUACAUGUCAAAUUUAGUUGGGAGGUUUGGAAAUGGUUUGUCUAAAGUCUAAACUUUUUUUUUUUUUUUAUAUUUGAGUGUCAGGAUUUGAAUUGAAUUCUUAUUAUUAAACAAAGAAUCAAGCACUUCAUUAACAGGUCAAGUGAAUGUUGGCAAAGUCUGAACAUUGUACCUGUACAUUUAUUCGAGUAGUGUCAUAAGUAAAAUUUGAAACCAAGCUUUCCCAAGACAGGUGAAGCUU